UGAUGGGUGACUGUAAAGCUGAAGCUGCUGAGGGAACAGCACCUCAGACGGAGACUGCUGGGAAUCCAUUACCAUUUAAACAAGCGCAUUUCCUUCAUUCAGGAAUUGGAGGAGCUGCAGCUGGCAAGAAGAACAGGACCUGGAAGAACCUGAAACAGAUUCUUGCGUUAGAAAGGGCAUUGCCAUGGCAACUAAAUGAUCCGAGCUAUUUUCAUAUUGAUGCGCCACCGUCAUGCAAACCUUCAAAGAAGUAUUCCGAUAUAUCAGGACUUCCUGCCAAUUAUACUGACCCUCAAAGUAAGCUUCGAUUCAGCACAAUUGAAGAAUUCAAUUACAUCAGGAUGCUUCCCACUGAUGUCGUCACUGGAUAUUUGGCACUAAGGAAAGCAACCAGUAUAGUAUCGUGACUAUUUAGAAAAGCCUAAAUCUGGUGACAUUCA